CAGCGAGUGAAAUAUUGCUGAAAUUGUGACAACAGUGACACCUGUUAUGCGUUCUGCAUGAACCGAAUUGUUAAACUGCUUCCUGAUUCAGUCAGUAUUUUCUGUUUCUCCAUCUGUAUAUGCAGCAUAAACUCCUGUUUAUUUAAGAAUGUGUGUUUGUAUAUUCAUUAAUAAAGUCUUUGGAUUGCAUCCUUUGUACUGAAAGACGAGACCCAAGGAAGAUGAUCAAGGAAAUGAAUACAGCUUUAUUCCAUGAUGGCAGUCCGAGCUGGGGCGCUUUAUAGGUUUGUGUGCGUGAGGAUGGUUCCUGUUCGCUGUGUGGACCUGUGACCCAAAACAGUGUCCUGGCUGGAAUGUGCAGGCGGUGUGGACACUGCUGCCACCCACGGCUCGUAAAGAGACAUUACCCAGCGUGAGGUGGAAAGAUUGAGUGCUUUGCCAUCAGUUACCAGCUUCCGUGUACAAGGUAACAUACAAGAAGCUCUGUGUGGGACCCUUAAAGAGGUUUGUGACAUAGACUUUGGCUAUAUUUUUCAUAACUGCGUGAAGCUAGAAAUCUUAACGGAUGCCUGUGCCACCGCCACCACCUCCUCCUCCACCGCCUCCACCACCUUCUGGAGGGCCCCCUCCACCACCGCCUCUGGCAAGUUCAGAUGUACCAAAAUUGCAAAAGGAAGACCAAAAAGCACGAAAUGCUCUCUUAGCUGAUAUCCAGCAAGGAACUCGCUUAAGAAAAGUGACUCAAAUCAAUGACCGCAGUGCACCUCAGAUUGAAAAACCCAAAGGAGCUAAUAGAGAUGGAGCUAAUCCAGCCAUUAAUAAAGGAGGCUCUCAGCAGCCUCUGGGAGGCUUAUUUGCUGGUGGCUUUCCUGUUCUCAGACCAGCAGGCCAGAGGGACAUGCCAGGCGGGAGGCCUGGGCAGCUCCCUGGAGUCCGAACAGCGGCUCCCAAGACCUGCGCCCCACCGAACAGCAGCGCAGCGAAGGCGAGCGGUAACGCCUCGCACCCAGCCGAAGGCCCGAGGGCAGCUGCUCCCCCACUCAGGUGGCUACUGGUGUUACUAAUUUGGGAUGAGGGCUUUAACAGCGCUGCCGGCGGCGCUGACGUGCCCCCGCCGCUGCCCCCCAAGUCCCCCCACCUGCUGUCGCAGUUCCAUAAGCCAAGCAGCAUCCAGUCGCUGCCGCUCCCUCCCACCCCCGGCCUCCCUCAGCCCGCAGCCGAAGCCAGGAAGAAGAGACCCGGCCGCGGGGCAGGAACCGGUGCUGGGAAGCUGGUCACGCCUCCACAGCCACCAGCAAGAUCACCAACAACUGAACUUACCAGCAAGUCUGGAGUCUUAGCCUGGGCUACAGCUCAUGACCCCUACCUGCCACUUAAAAAUGGAAAUAUGCACAUGAUUGAUGACUUUGAAUCUAAAUUUACCUUCCAUUCUGUGGAAGACUUCCCCCCACCUGAUGAAUUCAAACCAUUUCAGAAAAUAUAUCCCAGCAAGAUAGCUAGAGAUGCCACUAAAAAUCCUCCAUUAAGAACACAUGUGAGAUGAGAAGAGUCUUCUGAUGCUCUCUGGAUUAGUAUUAAAAAAGAACAUCGAGAGAAUAUAUAAAACAGAAGGUGUCCCCAUUACAGUGAUAGAGAUCAUAUUUGAAUUGCAAGUGCUGUAGUGUUGACAUUUCUGUAAACUGGAAAAGUGAUGUAAAUGAUACUUUUUAAACUGGCCUACAUACUACAGGAAUGUUAGUACAGGCUUUUAAAUUAUUGUAUAUAGGUGGAUAUUUUUUAAGCAAAGCAGCAUAAAAUUUAAAUUCUUUGUAGUGUUGAAACAGUUCAUUCUUAUGAUGCUGACAGAUGUUACCUCAGAAUACUUUUUGCAUUAGAUGCCCUGUAGUCCACUCUUCCCCUUUCAUCAUCAUCUUCAAGUAUUCUGGAAAUUCUCUAGUUGUUAUUCAGACAUUUUUCAAUGAAAAACUAACAUGCUACCUUUAGUCUCUUUGUAUGUUUCUUCCCUUCUAUUCUGCCUAUCCUCAGAUUGCAGCAGAAUGUCACCUUUAUGAACAGAUGGCCCACAGUCCUUUUCUCAUCAAGCAUGAAGAGGAAAGAGAUGACAAGGAGCUGUGGCUGCUGUUGAGCCUACCUCCUGUUGAUUACAGAUCCUUAUAGGAUAGUGCCUGAAGAAGUCCAGCUGGGUAGGGUGGUCACAGACUUGACAAAGAUGAUGGAACUUUUCCAAACUGGAGGAAAAAAAACUUGUUCUACUGUAAGCAAAAAAAAUCCCCACGGUCUGUGUGAAGACACAUCCCACGGCAUAUAUCCUGGCAAUUAAGAGGCCUUUGGAUGAGGGGUCCAAUACUUACAUUUUAAAGACGCUACUACUAUUCAUCCAUGGCAAUAGUGAGGAUUCAUUGUCCAAAAUACACCACAUGGAACAAGCAGUCCCCAAAAUGGUUGUUCCCUUGAACAGAACUGGUUGAAAAAAGUAACAACCUACAGUGGACAAGACCUUAGCUUCUGCUUUUAAUAUGCAACCUGGGGUAAGGUCUCUGGAUCACAGAUGUUCAUGAGAGAUCUAUUUUGAGCAAGAAUUAUCCUUAUCCUUGUGCAUUUCACUGCAUUAGGAGGAGUGUUGGCAGCAAGCCAGGGGAGGUGAUCCUUCUCCUCUGCUCAGCACUGGUGAGGCCACACCUGGAGUACUGUGUCCAGUUCUGGGCUCCCCAGUACAAGGAAGACAUGGACAUAGCAGAGAGAGGCCAACAAAAGGCCACUAAGGUGACAGAGACUGUGGCAUCUCUCCUAUGAAGAAAGGCUGAGUGAGCUGGGACUGUUCAGCCUGGAGAAGGCUCAGGGCAAUCUUAUCAAUGUGUAUGAGUAUCUGAAGGGAGGGUAUAAAGAUGGAGCCAGGCUCUUUUCACAGGAGGCUCUGUCUGAACAUCAGGAAACACUUUCUGAGUGUGGGGGUGGCUGAGCACUGGUGCAGGUUGCCCAGGGACAUUGUGAAGUCUCACUGCUUAGAGAGACUAAAAAGCCAUCUGGGCAGGGUCCCGGGCAACAGGUUCAAAGUUGGAUCAGACAACCUCCAGCCACCUGUUCCAACUUCAACCACUUUUGGAUUCCCCUACUUAGAGCUUUCCUGGGUUCCUGCACUUGGGUCACAACCUCGUGCAAUGCUGCAGGUUUGGGAAGAGCAGGCUCAGCAGAGGAUGUGGAGGUGUUAGUGGACAGCAAGCAGAAUAUGAGCCAGCAGUAGGCCCAAUGGCAUCCUGGUGUUUCAGAGAUAGCGUGGCCAUCAGGGACAGGAAAGUGAAUAGAGUGAGUCCCCCUGUACUCAGCACUGGUGAGGCCACACCUUGAAUACCAUGUUCAGUUUUGGGCCCCUCACUACAAGACAGACACUUGAGGUGCUGGUGAAGGGCCUAGAGCACAAGUCUUCUGAGGAGCAGCUGAGGGAACUGGGGCUGUUUAGCCUGGAGAAAAGGAGGCUGAGGGGAGACCUCAUCACUCUCUACAACUACCUGAAAGGAAG